AUGCAAAUCAAGUACAUUACCGUCGCUUUGGCCUCUGUUGCCAUGACUGGAGUCUCCGCAGCGCCUGUGGCAGCUGCAGGUCUCAAGGAAGUGUGUUCGAUCGACAUGAAGGAUACCUCACCGAUGAAUGCUAAUGUUUAUCCAGGUCAUGGAUGCUCCAGUCCAGCAGCGUGCUGUCGAUGUGGCAGCACCGGAUGUCAGUGUUCCCUAUCAACAACUUUCCCACUCAAGCUGAUGAUAUGUAUGCAGGUCCUCUCCCCUAUCGAAGCCCGCGACAUCGCGGACUCUGACGCUGCCCUCGUCGCUCGCGCAGAGCAAGCCGCGCAGGAUGCCCAAGUCGCCCAGAAAGUCCAAGAAGCGCAAGCGCCCCAAAAUCGCCUGGAAGGACAAAUGGCCAACGGCGUCACCGGCAAGCAAUGCUGGGGCAACAGUUGCUAUUACCGAGGCGCGUACGUGGGCAUUAACGCCAAUAUCCUCGGCCUCCAUUUCGGCUACAAUGGCGCGCUGAUCAACUACAACCCGUGCGCGUACCAAUUCUGUGGUUACCCAUACCCUUACCCUUACCCUUACCCAUACAAAUACGGCUCAUCCAACUCCGGUAACUCCGGUAUCGUGCAAUAUACUGGCACUGGUGGUUCUGGCAGUGUCUAUCAGAAUCAGUAUGGCAAUCAGAACAAUGGCAACAUCUAUCAGGGUGGAUCUCGGAAGGCUUGA